CUAAUCUCUUCAGAAAUUUAAUUUUUUAUCGAUUUAGAAACUCAAAUAUGUUUUUUUCUUCUUAGGUGUCCGUAUUUACCACUAUAAUACCUGUAUACCAGCUACAUAAAAGACCACGUGAAACUUAAUAACCCAGUGGUAAAGAAGCUGUAUUUGGGGGAUGUACGGGGUAACCAAACCGGCGCGCGGGCGUCCAAUUGCGAGCACCGUUCGACGUCGAUUCAAACCGUGCAUUUUGUGUUGUGGCGCGUAAGUGGUAGUGGUAAAAAUGGGCUCGGGCUACCGUUGGUUUUCACGUUGAAACUUACGUUUCUCGUUUCGAUCGCGUAUGCGUGUAUGUAUGUGUGUGUAUUGUGCGGAGCGUUUUCGUUUCGUUUCGAAUUUACGGUGGUCUUCGAGCCCGACGUCGGGUAUGGUUUAUCGCGUGUGCGAUUUCCGCGGCGCAUGUCGCUCGUUUGUCACAUGACGAGGUUUGUAAACACCAUUCUGGUUUGAUAUUUGACAUUAAUUUCCAACAUGGAGUGUACUGUUAUCAGUGAUAAACACUAGUAGUGCCUCAUGCAGAAUGCCGGACAACAGUAUGGCCAAGUAGGUGCUUCUUCCCACCAAUCUGCACCUUACGGCGGUCACACAGAAACUACAACUUCUAGUGGGAGUAUAACGAGUUCCCUUAGACAAUUUAGAAGGAAAAACGAAGACAAGCAACAGCACAAUGAAGGCAAUAAUCCAGCAGUACCGGUCGAAAGCCACAUCGCAAGGGUGGCGCCACACAAUCACUUUCCGCCCAAAUCGUCCGCCGAAUGCUACCGCUAUCCACCGCAAUAUCCAGACUACGGAUUACAGCAACCUGUGAAAUACUCCGAGAUCUCCGAAUCGCACGCCUCUGUCCAGGACCACUUGGCCUCGUCGGUUAUCCAAAAGGCGAAAACCAAAGAAUACGUGGACAUGUGCAACGUUCAACAGCAGCACAUGAAAUCAUCGUACGAUCAUUUGACCGGCCAGCAGGCCUACGAUGGGAAAUUUCACCCGCACGCUCAAUACAUCCAUAAGGAACCUCCACAAAUACACCAUGGUUACAAACCGGAAUCUCAGUACUACCCCAAAGAACCGCAAUACUCCACGCAAAUCCCUCCCCAAAUCUCCAAGUACACUCAGCUACCAUCGCAGGUGCGCAAGUACCCGCAGGAAAACGAUUUCCUCUCCAAAUUGCAGCGCAUCCACCCCACCAUGGCCAGGUCGAUAAUGAGCGAUCACCACCUGCAGGAAUCGCAGUCGUCGUACCAAACCAUGGACCAGAACAGGAUGUACCCCAUGCAGAACCAGCGGUACAUGAACUACCCUUCGGGGAUGCAAAACAGCGCCUAUCCUCACGCCUACAUGCCCUACUCCAAUUACCCGGCGAGUUGCAGUUACAGCAGACCCUCGCAGAUGACGCCCAGGUUUCCGCCCGUCAACCCGCACGAGCGGAGCCUGUCGCCCAGGAGGGCCUACCCGGAGAACAUGGGCAUUCCGAUGAACUAUGCAGGAAUCAACCCGCAGAAAAUGUCCCCGAAUUACGCCCAGUACAACACGCCUGAGUACGCUCAACACUACCAGCACAGGCGAGCGCCCGUUGCUCAAGAAUACUACCAGCAACACUGCAGACCCACUCAGUACCUUCCCCAUCAAAUACCUCAGGAGCUGCCGGAGAGCCGAGUUCAAGUCUCCGACAGCAUCAAACAUUACAUAGAGAAUUGGGCCGACGAAGAAACUGCCUCCGAGAUGAACCAGCUGGAGAGCUCCAGAAUGUGCAAGGAAAAUCUGAGAGGCAGAGACGAGCAAUCGACGGAGACCGUCUACAUGAUCAACGCCUCCGAGUUGCAAUACUUGGAGAACGAGAUACCGGUCGUGGCGUCGGAAAACGGCGUUCCCGUACCAGUGCAGGUGGCGUCCGAAUCGGGGCAGUACAUAAUCAAAAGCGGAGUGUCCAUAGUAAACGGAUCGGAGAUGAUGAGGAUAGUGGAGAAGACCGGUCAAGUGGAAAUCGACAGUAACGGGGAGCGUAUCGUCAACCUCCACAUCAUGGACACCGUCAAGUCGGAUUGCAUGUUGGCUAACAAACCGAGCGAGCCGAGCCAGAGGCAAGAGAUGGGCGAGAAUCAGCGCGUCGUGGUUCACCAGAAUACUGUAGUAGCGCGCGGUAAUGAAGCCCAGAAAGCCGCAGAAGAUCCGGUUAAAGUGGGGACCAGUCUGCCUAUCAUCACCGACAGCUUAGAAGAAGAUCUCAGUCGCAGCAUAAUUAAGGAAACUGCCGAUAAAAACUGCUCGCCUAUUAACCUGGAGCAUUUGGAGCGAUUCGCCGAGGACGAAGGAGACAAAGAAACGAGCGAGAAAUCUAACGAAAACAGCUUAGUGGAGGAAAUAGCGAGCAUACAGGAACUAACCGAUUCGCCCAAGGAUGAUAAUCCUUUCGUCGACGCUCAUUUUAGCAAUGAAAAUUCAAAGACUGAAGACGAGGAUCGCCAAAGCCCUAACUUGGAGGACGACGAUCCACACAAGCACAUUGAAUCGCUACUGAAAGAUACUAACGAUGCUGUGGAAAAUAUAGAGACUCAAGCUAAAGAAAUCAAGCAGGAAGUAGAUCAAGAAAUUACUAACCUACCUAGUCCAAUAAAGGAUACUGAAAAAGAAGAACCAACCAAAGAAGAGGAUUCGAAAGAUGAUAUUACAAUUGAUGAAACUAGAAAAGAUAUCGAAAAUUCACCACAAAUGGACGCUAAACAUGAGGAAGUAGAAGAUAUAACAAAACCACUAAAUGAAGAAACUUGCAAAGAAACUUGCAAAGAAACUUGCGAAGAAACUGCAAAGACUCCAGUAAAAGAAGAAACUUGCGAAGAAACUGCAAAAACUCCAGUUAAAAAAGAAACCGAUGUGAAAAAAAUGGAAAAUGCCUCGACGAGAAGAAACAAAAGGAUAUUUUCAGUGGACGAUAUCAUGAACAACAUCGGCAAGAAUCAAAAACAGUCUACUAAUGAUAAUUACACCAGGAGGCAUAGUCUACAAACAACGGAAGAAUUUUUAGAUAGAGAAACGAUAGCAGAUUUCAGUUUGAUAGAUUUUAAAAAGAAAAUUACACAAGAGCAAUCCGAAAAGAAAGAAAUGACAGAAAUGGAUUCCAAUCCUAUAAUAACAGACGAAGAUAUAAUAACAGAUAAAGAUGCGAUAAUGAAGGACGAAAAACCGCAAGAAAUCGAAACUAAAGAAGAAGCAACAGACGAGAAAAAACCAAUUAGCGAAACAGAAACGAAGGUUAGUGAAGAAAGUAUUAAUACCAAUUGUGAUGAAUCAAAUUCUAAAGUUAACGAAGAGGUUAAUCAAACCAAACAACCCGAAGAAGAAAUCGAAAAAACCGAAAGCGCCGCCGACGAGGCGAAAGGAAACCCUCAGGAAGUGCAAUACAGGAACGUCAUCAGAGUGGAGGAGUCCAACGUGCUGCUCGAAAUCGCCGGCGAAUUAGUCGAAAUCAACGUCAAUAACGUUAACGGUAAGAACGUCAUCACAGUCACCCCGUUAUCCGACACAACCAUAGUCGAUUUCAACGACAACUACGAAAUAUACGACAACGCGGAGGUCACGGAUCCCCUUAAACUCGACGAAGCGUCGGACAACGCGGAAAACGUGGAAAUCCUCGACUACGUUGAAGAAACGGCCACUGAACCGGACGUAGUGGAGACCACCAGCGAGAUUAUCAUCGGCAUGGACUUGAGCUUGGAGGAGGAAAUCAAGCUCGACGUCGACCAGCCGGCGGUUUCCACCAAGGCGGCCAAGAAGGCGUACGAUUGCGACCUGCAGAUACCGUCGAUAACCACCAGUGAAGAUAUACUAGACAACAGCAGGACGCACGAGUACGCUUCCAACGAUAAAGUCAGUUCGACGAAGGUCAAGCCGAGCGCGAGCAAAUACAAGAAGAAGUUCUCGCCGGACUCGUCGAAGCGUUCGACGGGGAAAUUGGAGAAGAAAACGCUGUUGAAAGACCUCGAUGCGGCUAGGAAGCGGAAGAAGUUGAAGGAGACCCGCAAAGUCGAGCAGGACGAGUACGUGCCGUUCGCGGAGCUGGUGGAGGCGAGGAAAAAGAAGAAACUCAAAUUGAUGAAGAACAUAGCUGAUUCGAGAAUCGAUUCUACAAUCAAAAUCGAUGAGAAUCAGAAAGACGAUGAGAAACGGUUGCAAGUUAAAUCGACAGACGAUGACGCCAAAAUGGAAAAAUCUAUCGCAGGAAACGAUGGAAACGAGAGUGAAAGAAUUAAAAAAGUUACUUUUUCCGAUGCCACUCCGCCAAUAAAGCCACCAGAAAAAAGAGUUGUGGCUAAAGAAAUCGCCGUGAAAGAAAUCAGGAAUUGCAAACUGGAAGAUCCUCGCCUCUACGGCCACAAACCGCCUAAGAAAAAACUGAGCCUGGAAGAAUACAACAAAAGAAAACGAAAACUACAAGAGCCUGCCAAAGAAGAGGAAUUAAAGCCUUCGAAAAUAGAAAGAUCCAUUUCGGACAACGGAAGUAUCCCCGAGCGAAUCAAACCUCACAGAGCCAAAUCCUUAGACGAAAACCUGCUCAAAACCAAAGACCCUUCACCGCCCAAAAAGAAGCAGCCAGUCGAUUACUCCCCGGUGAAAGUAAACAACCUAGAUUGGGAAGAAACCCAGUCGCCCAAAUUCCACUCGACCUCCAAAGAUUCCGAUACCAAAUGCAGCGAAUUCAAGGGCUUGAUCGACGAGAACCGAGCCAAGUCCAACGCUCUCCUCGACAUUAACGACCUCACAGCCAGAGCGUGCACCACCGAGAGCUCCGAAGACGAAAUCCUGCAGAGCUACAAAGUCCAAGUCGAAUCCAAGCUGAGCACCCUCAACAUCCAAAUCCCCAAAUCCAAGUCGCUGGAACGACAAAUCCUCGACCCAUUAUCCAAGCCGAAAAUCACCCGCCUCAUCGAUCUGAUCGACAAGUUCCUCAACAACGAGGAGCUCAGCGCCGACGAGAUGGACAUGAUCAGGAAGAUCAUAUCGUACAAGCGGCAGAUCCAGCAGAAGAAGGCGGCGCCGGAGGCGCGCAAGGACCCCGGCAAGAAGGAGCUGAAGCAGCAGCGGAAGAAGGUGAAGAAGAAGGCGCGCUUCCGGAACCUCUACUCGCAGACCAACAGCGAGUCGGAGAGCGAGUCCGAGGACGAGUUCAGGGGGAAGAUAGCGUGCGGCGACUACUCGGUGGUGCAGUCCAACUCGCUGGAGGGCGUGCCCAAGCUGAUCAUCAAACGAAAGACUGAGAUACCCGUGCCGGUCGUGAGGCUCGAGCGGCUGGAUCCGGGUAUUCUGGGCGACAAAAUCGGCCAGUUCGCCGUUUAGUGCUCGCUUCCCGCGGGGCCUGUUGGCGCUUCCUUAUUUCGAAGGAAACCGCCGGCAGAAGCGGGGAAAGUGACACGCAGGGACCAAAAAUUUAUUACCAAAGUAUGUUGUUAAUUGUCCUAAUUUUACAUACGGUUAGUUUUUAUAAAAUCAUUAUGUAGUUGUAAUUUAUUGUUCGAUUGAUUCUUUAGUCAGGCAUCGUUCGUUGUGGUAGAACUGAAAGAUGCGUUAAGUGAUCUCGAAAGUUUUUAACGCCUUCUAAAAAAUAUAUAUGCAAAUGUUGUGUGUGGAGCUGGUAAAUUGUCGAAUUAGAGAUUUUCUAAUUGGAUUCACCACUUUUUAGACUCUUCUAAAGAACCCUUAGAUAUACAGGGUGAGUCACGCUCAACGGGACGGAGUAGUGUCGACAAAUGGUCCUUCGACUUACACUUUUGAAAAAAAAUAUCAUUAAAAAAUCAUUUGCCUACGUUGAGCGUGAUUCACUCUAUAAAAGAGUGCAUAUUUUUAAUCUUCUUUGAGAAAAAAAGUGAUGGGCUUAGCAGACUUUUUUCUAAUAUAACCGACGAUUAAUCUAACACACUUCACAUUAUAAUGUACAUAGAUACAUUCCAGUUAAAAUAUAUAAAAAAAACUACAUGUAGGUAAAUAGAUACUUUUUUUAUUUAAUUGUACAUAGUUAAUGAUAAGUAAUGUUUAGUUCGCUCAUUUCCUUUGGUGUUAAAUCUGGUGCAAUAGAUGAGUAUAUCUUUUGACUUUGAAAAAUAAAUCGAAAGCGUUUAUGUGAUAAAUUGUGCCUGCGAAAAUAUUGUAAUAUCAAUUUAUAUUAGCGUUAAAUAUCUAUAUUAUGCAAUUAAGUAAGUUUCAGCAGUUAAAAGUUCUUUAUAAAGGGGGCUGAUGUAAUCGAAGCGAUUAAAAUGGAGUAAUUGUGAUAAUGUAUGUUCCAUUUUUAUAAAAACGUCGAUCAUCUUUCAGCUCUACCGGGAACCGGAUUAUCUUUUGCAUACUGUGUUUGGUGCAAAUAAUACUAUUUUUUAUUUAAUUUCCUUAGCAAGUGUUUAAAACUUUAUGAAAUUGAGAACACUUGUUACUUGUAAAUGUUCCUGAUUUUGGACUGUAAAGCGGCCGGGCUUUUGAUAGUGUUACAUUCCUUCCAAAUGGUGAUUUCCAAUUAUACAAAAAGUGCACUUACACACCUUCCUGCUUGCAGAAAUUUUCUCCCGCAAACGUGGAGGAAAUAUUUCAAGGGUGUUUUCUGCAAAACUAAUCGAUUUAAACCGCCGGCUGCUUUACAGUGAUAUUAUUUGUGGUGGAUUGCAGCUGCUUAUUCCUUAAGAGAGUACAAUUAUUAACCGAUGUUGGAGUUUUAUAUACAGAGUUUUAACAGAAACUAUUGUUUAAAUUUGCGAAUUUUACGUCUGCGUUGUAUCUAUCAAAAUUUAUAAUAAUAAAUUUACUACAAUGCCUUGUAAAGAGAUUACCUUUAAGCAAACCUUUUCAUAUUUUCUUAUACACAACUUUAAAAAUUAAUUAACAAAAAUUUAGUGUAAUCUCUUACUAGGGCAUAUCAAUAAAUUUACCCAAAAAAUAUUGUACAUACAUAUCAGAGAAUUAUAUAAUAAAUCGAUCGUAAUCUAUUUUUGUCAACGGUCAUCGCAGAUUCAGUAUUAUCGGGGCCUUGAUGCACGAGAGUGUAACGCUUUUUGGAAUUUAAAUAAUGUACACGUUUUUUGUAAUUACAAACACUUUUGCGUACUGAUAGAGGUAUUUUUUUAAGAAAAACUAUCGAGUCACCGAUGAAGAUGAUGCUCAAUUAGAUGUGUUUAUCACGUGUGCGGUUUUGUACUAAUUUCUCGAUUUGUCGUACUAUUGUUGCAAUUAAUCGUAGUUUUUCUCGAAAAAUUAAUAAUACGUUCCAUGCAAUUUUAUUCUAAAAUAUGUUUUUUUUUUACCGAAAUAACUGUUAUUGCGUCUAGUGAAGCCAAAUGAAGUAGCAGAGUAGUUUGAAUUCGUCAAACCAAAGUUUUUUUUAUUUUUUUAUUGUACAGGUCGUUCAGGAAUUGCGAUUCUUUGAACUCCCGGAUUUAUUAACAAAUUCACUUCAAAGGAAUUUAUAUAAAUUUCCAGCCAAAUAAAAUGGCCUGUAAUUAGGUAAUUUGUUUUCUUGGAUAAUUGUAAAUUAAUUAAAAAAAUAUAUCAUAGAAAAACUUGUACAUUAACUAUAGUAGAGGGGUGUCCUAUGUCUAGUCUGUUUUUGUACAGGAAUUAAUGUAUAUAAUUUAAGUUAAUUAUUAUAUUUUGUAUUUUAUUUUGUAAGAUUUAUGAAAAUUAUUAUAAAGCAACGUUUUUCUAUGAUAAACAGUUACUAAAUAACGGCGGCGAAUGAUUUUUUUGCGUUUAAAGUAAGAAUAAUAAAAUUUUCGCAUCACAAGUGAAUUGUUUAGGGCAGGUUUCGCUUGGAAAUUCAUGAACUCUGUAUCAUUUUUAGUAUUAUUUGUUACCAUGUUUGAAACAAAAUAGAUAAUACAUUUUUUUAUUGCUAGAGAAAUUUUGUUAGAUCAAUCGUGAGAGUGCCUUAGCACCAAUAUUGACUGUUAUUUUUGUACCAAUUUACUGGUAAAUUGUAUAUUUAGCACUGUGUUAUUAAAAAGGUUUCAGAA